AUGCACAUAGUUCGUUGGCCUGCUCGGCCGCUCUUUCAGUCGUUGUCGCCGCACAGGCCUCCCUUGCAAGAGCCAAUCAAUCCCAACCUGGCAGGAGACUUCGCGCAAGCUUCGGAAGCCGAUGGAAGCCCGUUCGACAUCGCUUUACAGAUUAACAUGCCGAGUCUGUUGCCAGUCACGCCGCCGCACAUCGGCUUAUCAAAGUUUGUGGCAGCAAGAAUUCGCGAUUGGACAAGCCAGCGCUGCAGCCACACCGUGCCACUGCUGCGCCGGAUGCGCCCGGAGAGUGUGGAAAGCACAAUCAUGUCCGUGAGGACUCCAUUUCGGAAGACCUUCAAGAGGUCUUGGUGUAGAGUGGACCGCUUGAAGCUCGGGUUUCGCACCCUGCAGUUUCCACGGAAAGUUUUGGGUGUGGGGACGGUCUAA